CACAGGGGGUCGAGGGGGUGGGGCCUGCUGGCGGCUGGGACCCGGCCCCGGCCUGGAGCUGGAGCUGGGAGGGCCAAGGCUCCCAGCCGGGAUCGGAUGGGCGGGGUCCAGGUUCCCAGAGAAAGCCACCUGGGCCAUGUCGAUGUUAAAGCCUGUUUCUUCUUCUGAGCCCCAGCAGAACACAAGUGGACCAGUGGAUGAUUUCUCUUACCUGAGCAAGAGAUGGCAUAAUACCUGGAAUCUGCCUACCACGAGCCUCUGAGCUUUAGAAGCCAGCUGGAUGAAGGGAUGCCAUAACCGCCUGGGAGGGACACGGAAAUCAGCAGUGGGGGGGGAGGGGCCUGGACACACCCCUUCCCCCCCAGACUCCUCCCGGUCAGGGUCCACCCGGCCAUGGACUUUGGACCUGGAUAAGUGGAGAGAAGCUGUACUUUGGCUGAUCUGAUUCAGUUUUGAAAAUGGAGUUUUAAGUGGGGGGCUUGAUGAUCUCCAGGGGAGCAACUGAGAGAAGAAAAGAAAGGUUCAUGGCUUCUUCCUAAUCUCAGCGCAGAAGAAUCAACCCUUAGAUUGGGGAAGUGAGCCAGGCAAGCCAAAGGCAGCCUUGAGCCCUCCCCUUGCCUGCCCUCCCCUGUGGGGGCCAGGAUGCUGAAGAAGCAGUCUGCAGGGCUUGUGCUUUGGGGUGCUAUUAUCUUUGUGGGCUGGAAUGCCCUACUGCUCCUCUUCUUCUGGACACGCCCAGCACCUGGCAGGCUACCCUCAGACAGUGCUCUUGAUGACGACCCUGCCAGCCUCUCCCGUGAGGUGAUCCGCCUGGCUGAGGAUGCUGAGGUAGAGUUGGAGCGGCAGCGGGGACUGUUGCAGCAAAUCAGGGAUCAUCAUGCUUUGUGGAACCUGAGGUGGAAAGUGCCCACUGUGGCCCCUCCAGCCUGGCCCCGUGUGCCUGUGACCCCCUCACCAGCUGUGAUCCCCAUCCUGGUCAUUGCCUGUGACCGCAGCACUGUCCGGCGCUGCCUGGAUAAGCUGUUACACUAUCGGCCUUCAGCUGAGCGUUUCCCCAUCAUUGUCAGCCAGGACUGUGGGCACGAGGAGACAGCACAGGUUAUUGCUUCCUAUGGCAGUGCUAUCACACACAUCCGUCAGCCAGACCUGAGUAACAUUGCUGUACAGCCAGACCACCGCAAGUUCCAGGGUUACUACAAGAUCGCCAGGCACUACCGCUGGGCACUGGGUCAGAUCUUCAACAAGUUCAAGUUCCCAGCAGUUGUAGUCGUGGAGGAUGAUCUGGAGGUGGCACCAGACUUCUUUGAGUACUUCCAGGCCACCUAUCCACUGCUGAGAACAGACCCCUCCCUUUGGUGUGUGUCUGCUUGGAAUGACAACGGCAAAGAGCAGAUGGUAGACUCAAGCAAACCUGAGCUGCUCUAUCGAACAGACUUUUUUCCUGGCCUAGGCUGGCUGCUGUUGGCUGAGUUGUGGGCAGAGCUGGAACCCAAGUGGCCCAAGGCCUUCUGGGACGACUGGAUGCGCAGACCUGAGCAACGGAAGGGGCGGGCCUGUAUUCGGCCAGAAAUUUCAAGAACGAUGACCUUUGGCCGCAAGGGUGUGAGCCAUGGGCAGUUCUUUGACCAGCAUCUUAAGUUCAUCAAGCUGAACCAGCAGUUCGUGCCCUUCACCCAGCUGGACUUGUCAUACCUGCAGCAGGAGGCCUAUGACCGGGAUUUCCUUGCCCGUGUCUAUGGUGCCCCCCAGCUGCAGGUGGAGAAAGUGAGGACCAAUGAUCAGAAGGAACUGGGGGAGGUGCGGGUACAGUACACUAGCAGAGACAGCUUCAAGGCCUUUGCUAAGGCCCUGGGUGUCAUGGAUGACCUCAAGUCCGGUGUCCCCAGGGCUGGCUAUCGGGGCAUUGUCACUUUCCAGUUCCGGGGCCGGCGUGUCCAUCUGGCACCCCCACAGACCUGGGGUGGCUAUGAUCCUAGCUGGAAUUAGCACCUGCCUUUCCCCGCUGGGUCUCCUUGGCAUACCAUGAGCUGAGACAGGCCUGCAGUCCCUGGGCUAUACCAUCCUGUCAGUGUUUCCCUCUUGGGUCUAUAAUCUUUCUAUUUCUGUGCCCCCCCCCCCCCAGUGGCAUUCUAGUGCAAAAACCAUGAUGAGGGUUAUACUCCUGUUAUCAGGAGAACUAUUGUGUGGUGUAUUUGGUGAUACAGAAACCACUGUGUGGUAUGGGGAGGCUUGGGCUUGUUGGGGCUAGGGCGUUCUCUCGAAGGGCAUCUGCAGAGAGCUUGGCAGCUCUAGCUCUCUUGACCAGGCCUAUUGACCCUGACCUGACUUCUGUCAGAACAUGAACCCACCUUAUAUACCUAUUCCCCCUUUCUUCACCUUUCCCCAGUGUGGGGCUAGGUUAUGGAAGAAGGAAUGGGUUUGUGGCCAAAUGAGACUAACCAAAGGGGCUUCACUCUCAGGGUCAGAUUGGCAUUGUUGGGGUGCCAGGGCCGCUGCCUCCUGGCCUCUCUUCCUGCUGACUCUCUGGUGUUCUUCUCCUGCAGCACAGCAGCUUGUGGUUGGGAGAUGGGAGGUGGAAAGGGAGCGAUUUCUGUGCUAGGGCCAGCUGUUGGGGGAGCCUGUACUUGGGCACCCCUGCUUUCUGGAAGUCAGUCCCCUCUGUGUCCGUUAGGAGGAGUUGGUGCCAGCCUGGUGGGAGACAGUGGACUGACUUCUGUGCCUCUUUCCCCCUGGGGUUUGGUGUAGAGGCUCCUCCCUGGGGGCUGGCUCCUGGUGGCCAUCUCAGAGCAAAGUAUCCCAGGACAUCUCUGGCCCCAAACCAGCUUCUGUCCUGCCUUCCUAAGCAUUCCCACAUCUCCCCCCGCCAAGCUGCAGGUAGCAGGUUGGAGAGAAAUUUGUGUGUUUUUGUUUGUUGCCUGACCUUAGUUUCAUGGAAGAAAAUGAAAUCUACAGAAUUAUUUUCAAAAAUAAAGUAAAGGCUGAAUUGUCUGAA